CAGAACCCUGGGUCGAGAUCGCCGCCAACCAAGGUCAUACUCCAUGCAGGAGCAUCACCGAGUGCUGUGCCUCGGGCAAGUCAUCUCACUCUUCAUUACGGUCACAAGUGUAUGCACACAGGAGCUGACGUUAAACUAUAACGUGCAUCUUGCGACAACUCAAUCAGUGGGGAAUUACUUGCUGCUCAUCGGAUACCUUGUCUAUCGAUGGUGGAUGCGCGAUGAGAGUUCAUCAGGGACUCCUUGGUGGAAGUACACGUUGCUCGCAUUUGCCGACGUGGAAGCCAACUUCCUCGUCGUGCUGGCGUACAAGUACACGACUAUCAGUAGUGCGAUGCUUCUUGAUUGUUUUACCCUUCCCGUGGUCAUGUUCCUCUCCAUCACGUUUCUCCAUGCCAAGUACUCUACGCAGCAUUACACUGGCGUGGGCCUAUGCCUCUUUGGCAUUUGCUUCCUCGUCGUGUCUGAUAUCAUCAACUGCAAAGACGCGUCGUUCACGUCAGACAGCUUCAACACGACGGCGCUGUUUGGCGAUGCGCUGUCGCUUCUUGGCGCUACCAUCUACGGCGUGUCGAACGUUGCCCAGGAAUAUUUCGUCAAGACCAAGUCUCGGGUACAAGUUCAUCCCUUCUUCCAGUUCGUCCAAGUUACUCGCGCUGUAGAGCGAAUUCCUUGGCAACCUUGGCUUGUAUGGCUUUGUCAUCUGCGGCUUACAAGCUUACUUGGUCGAGCGCGACAGUUUUCUGGUCGUUUCUUGGUUCGCACUCGACUUCACAAGGCUCGUUCGUGACUCGUUGCUUCGAUGUAGGUCCAUCGGAAGCGUCGCUUUCUUCACGCUAUAUGUGGCCGCCCUGUUCCUCAUGUACUCGGUCACAGCGAUCAUGCUACGCGAUGGCGACUCGGCCAUCUUUAACAUGUCGCUGCUGACGUCUGACUUUUUUGGGGUGCUCGCUGGCAUUUUCCUCUUUCAUGAAAGCUUGAGCUGGCUCUACUGCGUCGGGUUUGUUUGUAUCUUGGCUGGCCUGGUCGUGUACACACAGGCCCCGCCGCCGACCGCGCAGACAAAGGUUGCCUUGCUGCACCCCGACGACGCGUGCUUGCGCCUACUUCCGCACCAGGCGGCAAUCAACACCCUCGCGGACGGAUAGUGUCCAUGUUUGAAGUGUACAAAAGAGGCUGGCUUUGGCUGUACUUCAAGAGCUAACCCUGUCAAUGGCACUGUCGUCAACGAUCGUGAUGAACUCCAUCCAGCAACCAAAGCCCCGUUGGAUCGAGUAUGCAUGUUGGAAUUUGAUGAAGUUCUGGCCACAGGUGGUUGAUUGAAAUAUAAAAUUAGAGCGAAUUAACUGCGGAACCACCUGUUGGCGCGGGCACUACCUUGCACUCGCUGAGUAGUCUCGUCGCCACAGUUUCCACUGACAUCGGGUUAAUCCUUCUUCACGGCCAGCCCUUCCAAUGCCUUCGCGGCUUCGUCACCGGCAGUAGUGUCAGCAGCAUCAGAGCCAGCUUCCAACACCUUGUUGGUCUUCUUCGCUUCAUCAUGAGCUUCCUUGAAUGCUUGCGCAUUUUCAGCGCUGGUAAAUCGAAGGGCAAAUGUCUUGGGUUCGACGACGCCUUCGGAAAAGUCGUAGCACGUCCACACCCAAGCACGGUCGCUGCCCAUGUUUGCAGACAAAGUGGCACGGGAUUCGACCAAGUGGUUGAUCAGGAUCUUCAGCGUCUUUUCUUGACGCAUCAGGAGACGAACCUUGCCGGCUUCCUUGUGCUUCAAAAAGCGAACGUUGCCCACGCCACGUUCGCACCAAGUCUUUUCACCAGUGCCCUUGUUCAGUAACGUUUCGCGGAAGUCGAACAGCUUUGCGCGUGUAGUAUACAACACUUCUUCGUCCUCUUCACCGGACACAACUUCGACUUCGUUGAGCUUGACAACGGGUUCAAAGUAUGCUUGCGGCUCUUCCGAGGCACCGGUUUCAACACCGCCUUCAUCGUUUUCGUUAUCUUCUUCAGCAGCCACAACCACCUUUUCUUCUUCAGUUGCCAUGUUUCCUGUCGUCGCCAAAAU